CUUGGUGCCGUCUUCUGCGGCUGCGCAUCUCUGGCUGGCUGUGGUGUGCGGCUGCGCGCAGAGGAUUUUGCGCCUGCGCUGUACGGCCCGGGGGGGGCGAGUGAGCUGAGCAGCUAAAAUGGAAGAUGAGGAAAUCGCGGAUAAUUGGGAGGAAGCAGCCGAUAGUGGGGAAAUUGACCGACGGCUGGAAGCAAAACUAAAGAUCCAGCAGAAGGAAAAGAAAUCGAAACAGGCACCUAAAGUUCCCAUCGUCAUACAGGAUGACUUCCACCCAACGCCCUGCACCCCACCAAUCCGCAUUCUGAAGAGACCGACAAGUAAUGGGGUGGUAAAUACGCCACACUCUGCUACGCGGCCUCUGCCACAAGUCAAGUCACUGGCUCAGAGAGAAGCUGAAUAUGCAGAGGCACGGAAAAGGAUCCUUGGGAGUGCGAGUCCUGAAGAGGAGGAUAAAGCCAACCCUGACAGGCCAACCAGGAUCACCCAACUGGAGGAGAACAGGCAGCAGAGCAGUAUAAUUCGACAACCCCUGGGUCCUGAUGGUACACAAGGCUUCAAACAACGCAGAUAAAACGUGCGCCAGAGAGCGCGCUUUAUAAAACAGAACUCUCCAUGACUGAGCGUGCAGUGUUGGACAGAGAAAACGGACUCAAGCAGAGGACCUGAUCUGCUUUUCUUGCACUGUGAUCCCCCUUUGCUCCGCCCACUGUGACCUUUCUCCUUGCGCACUGUGACCCCUGCUCCGCCCACUGUGGUUGGCACACUGCUGUGAGCUCUCCAAGGAAACCAUGAAGGGGAGGUUUCUUGCAAUCAGACUGGCCAAGAAUAUAUUGUGUGCCAUUUCUAAUCAGAAAUUUGCUCCAGCAAUAAUACUGUUUAAGAAUGUUCAAUAGUUUAUCUUUUAAUUUCAGGAAAGAAUUUGACUAUGUAUUAGUGAUGGGUGCUGUUUUCUCUCAUCAUACACUUCACAGGAUUGUUUUGGUUUCCUUUCAUCUAAUCCGUUACUGCAGGAUAGUUGCUCAAGGCUAAUUACCUUGCGAAAGCAAUGUCAAAAAUCCAUCAAAUGCAUCCAUUUUAAAAUUAUUUAUUUUGCAUAGUAUUUAAAAUGUCUUCAAAGCAUCUAUUCUAGAGAAACAGGACAAGAACAUAAGAUGGUCCACGAAAAGAUUGUGGACAACAGGCUUGGGCUGUUUGGCACAGCAACCAUGAGAUGCACUAUGGAACACAACUGCUGUGUCAGUGGCCUGGUGCGCAGCCAAUUCCUGUCAGAUUCUUGUCCUCCCUUCGAUAGUAGGAGCACAAGUCUGUUGAAUAACGGAAAACUGGUCGCAGAGGGGGGGAGUGAGAAAAGAGAGCGGCUCUAAUAGUGGCCAUGAAUGUUACUAUAUCUCACACCUGAAAGUGCUUAACUGCAGCAUCUCAAUUCCAGGAUUUAGUUUUAAAUCAAAAACUCGUAUGAUGGUGAGAUUAAAAUAUGGCCCAUUAGGGUAGCACUUAAGGUGUUAACUGCAUAACGUUGUAGUCAUGUGAUCUUAUUCCAGCACUGCCUUAUGCUCAAAUUCACCAGCCAUGCUUUGUGCGUGUUGGUUUUUGAUAUAACCUGCAGGAUAGGUAUAACUUGCAGUAGUAGAAAAUCUCUUUUUUAAGAGGAUGUUUUGGCAAAGGCCAUGCUUAUAGUUAAUGCUGCUCCCAUUAUGGUUCUGUGCAGAGCAGUCAUAUUGUCAGAAACUGGGCAGGUUUUCAGAGAUGUUCUAUCUGACAGUCUCCCCAGUUUUAUGAAGAGGAAGAAGAGAGAAGGACAGAAAUAAAUGAAAAUUUUAAAGGGAAAUAAAAUGGUUUCAAUCAAAUUAAAUGUUCCUAGGGGCAAGUUGGAAGGGUUUGAGGCCAAUUAGUGGAACCUGAGGGUUUGGUACUUUGUCUCCUUUCUAGUGGUUGUGUGCGUCUGCAUCCUGCUAUAUGACACUAAAGCAAGGUGUUGCAGUUAUGGCCCAUCACUAGUACAUACUCUUAAUAUUUUUUCAAGGCAUUGCCUUUAUUUUCUACAAUUUCUAGAAAACUGUUUCUAGAUCCAUCUAAUGUUAAAAGGGCACGUGUGAUUUUUGUUUCUUUUUGUGGCUCGCAUGCGAGCUGAUGCAGCCAUCUGUCUUGUGUUUGCGCACAUGCGCACGUGUAUGUAUUUGUAUGUGUACAUUCUGUGUAUGUCUGCCUGCGAACAAAAAAAAACUGCUUUUUGUGGGGGAUGGGGAUGAGAUUAAUGAAUUUUGGUACAUUUCAACCAGUGCUUGGAAAAAGAAUUAGCUGCCUCACUCCUGAACAGCUGCUAGCACAGCCAGCCUUGCAUUUUAACAGCCAUCAGAUUAUUUGACUGAGGCGCCUAGCUCAGCUCAAUUGAUUGGGACUGAGGUUGAAUAGGCUUCAAAUGCUACUAAUAGUCAUGGUUAAAAAUGGCAAGAUUUCAGGCCCUAAAGCUAUUUUAAAAUUUUUAUAAUGGCAAUAUUCAGUUAAACCUGGGCAUUUGUUAAAUCUCAAGCUAAUGUAUUUUUUUUGUGUAACUUCUUCCCAGGUUUGUUUGUAAAUUGGUGCGAUGUUUCCAUGCAAAUUGGUACAUCAGUGGACUGACUGAUUCUGAUCCCUGGUGUUCAUGAAACUGGCCUGACUGAAAUGAUUGCCUGACACUCAUUUUGUAAAUGAUAAAGUAGCUGACCUCCCACUGGUUCUGUGGGUUAAUGCACUGUAAUGAUGUGGUAUUCAAACCAAAAAGGUCAUUGUUUUAAUGUAAUUUUAACUCUACAAUGGCCUGAGUGUACCUACAAUAGGGAGGGAACAUUUGAUAAGGGUUUAUUUUCCCUAUUUGGAUGUUCAGUAAUCAUUAAAAAUCAGCAAGGAAUGAAUUGUAUUCCUGCUGAUUCUGUUUCCUGCCACCACCUAGUCAGGUAACCUGGUGUUCAUUGUUCAGUACAAGUGUCACUUAGUCAAGGUAAUGCCCAUGUAACUAUUUCUAGGAUGAGGAUGAUGUUUUCAAAACAGAUUGUUUAAGGUAAGUACUGGACAGGAGAUUUGCAUUCCUACGAAGAGGGGCAAAUGUGUUUUUAAGCACAGGAUCAGUCAAGCAACUAUUAUUUUUAUAAUUCUAACCAGGAAAUGUAAUCAGGUGUCUAGUGUUUUUAAAAUCAAACUCUGGUUUUGUUUCUUGCAGUUAUUGAUUUCAAAGCCCAUAUGUUUGAUGGUAAACCAAAAAGAGAACUGUACAGUGACGUGCAUGUAUCCUAGAUUACUUCAGAAAGCUGGCACUGGUGUGAAAUGCAGUGUGAAAUAAUGAUAUUUGUGGGAUCUUAUUGUCUUUGAGGGUCAUUAAUUGAGGAGAAAUUUGUUUGCAAACACUGGUAUUGUAUGGGCAAAAUAAAGUGACAGUGAAAUCUGGUUGUGAAAGGACUCUGGAGGAUGCCAUGUUCAGUUUGUUUGGGUUAGAGGAAUCAAAAAUAGGCUGGAAGAACAUUGCACACUACAUACACCAGCAUAACAUGACCGCAGAUUGAAUCUGAUCUAAUAAACAAAAUCCGGAUGCCACCCUGCACGAUUGCUGACAUAAUGGCAUAAGGUCAUCUUUAGGUCAGGGCUAGAUCUAGGACUGUUUGUAGCACAGAUUAAAAGAUGGAUUAGGGAAACGGACUGACAUAAAAACCAAGUGAGAUUUCUGAAAGAUGUAACACGCAGGCAAUGAUAACGGGAUCCACAAGGUUUUUGGCAAAGAAUGGAGCAAGGCCUAAAUGAACCUUUCGAGUGCAUCUACAUAAGGGUUGCCUUGUCUAGUUAAAGUGAAAAAAAUGUUCAUGUCUCUGGUUCAGAGAUUCUAAAGUAGCAUUCCACCUCCUCUCCAAUUGGUUAAAACCUAGCCCUCCCCUGCACUGUCCCAGGCUGUGUUACUGAAAUCAGGUCCCUGUUAUGUUUGGAAUUGUUGGCACAAAACUUGUUCUUUCAGGGCCUUCCAGAAUUCUUUCCAGUAGGAAUACCUCAUUGGAAAGGGUAUCUUGUUAAAGAUCAGGAAACUGAACAAUAUACAGAAAUGUUAACAAUAUUCCCAGAUAUCCAAAAUAUUUGUGGGUGAUAAUGUAAUUAUCAAGUGAUGAGAGUUAAUACUUGUACAAUGAGUUGUAUUUUGUUAAUGUGGUGUGAGGAGGGAGUUCCAUUUGCAGUUAAACUCUGGCCUCUUAUGUUUAUUAAACCCUGCUCACAUAACACACUUCUUAAAUCAAACAUUGGGCUAAUUCAUAAGUCAAAAGUACCAAAUGUGAGAGAUCAGCUGCUAGUUGACAAACAGAUGGGGGUGUGUGGAUCCAUGUUUUAAGUUUUGCAGCUUUUUUUUAAAAGAGUAUCUUAAUCAGGGCCACUUUGGUGACCAAAUAAGCUAAAUUCUAUAUGACGUCAAAUUACUGGGUUUUCCUAAACUUUUGGAGAUCAAAUUUCAUGCUCCCCUCCCCUGCACCCCACACCCACGGAAACCAUAGUGUUUUAAAUGUACUUUAAUUACCAAGUUGAUCUGGGCUCUCACUCAGCCAAAUACUUAUAUACCUGCAUUAUAUGUAACUUGGAUUUGCUCUAGCAUCUUGUUAAGGGUUUUUUUUUGUGGUUUAUUUCCUAGGAAACAGACAAGUUGUAAAGUAAUUUGGCAAACUAAGUGAAAAUGGACCUUCCAAUUUGUACUUUAACUUGUAGGUUGUUUAUAUUGAGUCUCAUAAUUUAUAUCUGAAUAGAGUGAAACUUGGUUUUGGAACAGACUACAAUCCUGCUUCAAUUCAAAAGAAACAGUUAACAUUUCUCUUUCCACAAUAAGAAAUGUUAACUGUUUCUCUUUCCACAGAUGCUGCCUGGGUGUUCCCAACAUUUUCUGUGUUUAAUUUUAGAUUUCCAGCGUCCUUUUGGUUUUACUUUCAAUUCUGCUUUAAUGAUUACAAUGGAACAAAAUGCUUUUCUGUGGAAUUUUUAAUCUACUGGAAAUAGUGGGAUCUUCAAUAAUGUCAUGAAAGGGCACUAAGUGCUGCAGUUAUCAUUGGUAUUGAGGAAGCUUGAACUACAAAACUACAUUGCAAAAUCUUUGUGACGGAUACUCUGGAUGUGCCAUAUCCUGCAAUUGGGAGGAAUGUCCUUAAAGAAUAUAGAACCCUUUUGGUUGCAUUCAUUUUUUAGUUACUCCCUUGUAUCUCACUUUUUGAUAAAGAAAUAAUCUGCUUGUCCUAAUAUUUAUAAGAAUGCAACCUGGAGCAGUUUACUUUGCACAAUAAAUCUUGUGGAUUCCUAAUUUCAAUGUAAUUUUACAUCUAAAGUCUGUUUCUACCCUCUUUUUGUCAUUUGCCUCCCCCCAACCCUCAACCCCAUUUUGCUAUUGCAAUAAGCCACCUAAUUUGAAGCAUUGGGAUAAUGCAACUAAGUGAUCACUUGAAGAAUUUCAUUAUGAGAAGUCAUGCUUUGACACUUGUAGGUAGUCUUUCCAAAUCCCACAGAGAAUGAAACAGACUGGAAUUUGGACAGAAUUGUCCCAAAUAGCUAUUAGUCCAAAUGCAAAUCAAAAUGGCUAGAAAGAACAUCAAAUCUGCCUAUCUUGAAUAAACAUAUCAAGAUGAUUGUUAAAUUUAGAUCUGUAGAAUCAUCCACUUGUCAUUGUACCAGCAGGUCCUGUAGAUGGUACCGUCACUGUGCUGAAUGUGAUUAAUAGUUUUAGUUACUAAGCAAUAGUAAUAUACUCUUGAAUUCCAUUAGUGUGUCAGUAUAUCUUGUCUAAUAGAAGAAAAAGACAAGAAAUCAGCCUAAUAUCCAAGCUUCUGAAAUGAUGAGUUCUUAUUCGGAUCAUGUUGUUUUAUCUGAAGGAUGACAUGCCACUUGUAUGUAGUCUGUCAGAUAAAUGGAAAAACUUAGCAGUAAGCCUGAUGUCAAUCAAGUAAACCUAGAAUAUCGUUGAGGUGUUGCAGACAUUGCAUUUGUAUCUAAAAACUGAACUGUAGGUGAGAGGGAGGACAAAAGGAGAAAUGGGAAGGAGAUAAACAUUUACAAAUUAGACUGAUACAUGAGCCUAGACCACUGAUUCAAGGUUUUUUUUUACACAAGCAGCAUCAUUGUACACUUUCAUUAGGUUUAUACAAUUGCUUUUGUGCAAUCAAAUGUCCGGUUUUAAUUUGAAAUUUUUAAUUAUCUAAACCAAUCUCUUUAAACAACCCCUGCAGAGGUUCUUAAAAGCUGAGUGAUUGGGCCGGUGAAAGGACCAAUGAUGUAUGUCAAACCUGAAGGGUUCAAAAGUGGUAUCUAUCCUUGUUUAUAAACUUGUAUAAUGGUUAUUUUGAGAAUAUGCUGCUUUAUUGCUAUUGAUUAGUUCCUUUUUUCAUAACUUUUACAAAAUACAUCCUCCUCUAAAACCCUAUCCAGGUUUCCAAGUCAAUUCUGCUGUUGUUUCUAAGAAAAGGACUUGUCUUGAACUUGCCCUUGCCAGGCUUUCCUUAUGUUGAUUUUUGGUUUAGUUUAUCAUGCCUAAUCUUGGUUGCAAAUGUAGGCAAAAUUCAGUAUGUCUUCAGCUUUCGACUGAUCCACAUGUGGCAUUUGUAUAUUAUGCAAAAAAAAAAGCCACUGUCCAUCAAAUAGCAUGUUCUUCUCUUGAAGGAUUUAAUAUCUUGGUAGGUAGAGAUGGAUGGUUUUACUAUGACUUGUCAAAUCAAUGUUUCCCUGGUAGAGACUGUCAUACUUGGAUAAGUAAGAUAUUUGUAUGUUGCAAAAUUUGAGAGACUUGAUUUUCAGAUUUACUGAACUUUCACAAUCUGCUAGUUUUAUUUUAAUUGGACAGUACAGUUUGUGAAUUCUGAAAGGGCAUCAUCUGGUUGGAAAAAUAAAUGUUUGACUAUUAUUUUGUAGGGAUGUGAUUCACUGCUCACUUGUGACUUUGUUUCAACCAAACCUGUAUAUCUUGAACUCCAGAAUUAUAUGGUUGAUCAGUUAGCAUCUGAAAAAGAUCUGUAAAUAUUUUGUGGGGCACUUAAUCAGAAUGGCUGUAGUGUCACCAAAGUUUCUAGGAGUAUUUAAUAAGAAACAGCCCCUUUAAGCUUGCAAAAUGCCGAUUUGAUGAAUGUGUCGAUCAGGUUCUUGCAUGCUGUUGCACUGUGGAAAUGGUGCGUUCCUGUGCCAUUUUGUUAGUGAUGUAAACAACUGCUGGAUGCCUGUCACACAAUCUAAAUGGAAUUAUUUUGUGUUGAUUAGCAGGCAUGAUGUCUAUCACUGUAUUUUGUCAUUAUUUACUGACAAUGUACACAAUGUAACAUUUGUGGGAUUCAGUGUUAACAGCUGCUGUUUUUUUGGUUGAAUUUAUUAUAGAUGUUUAUUUGCAGGAAGGCUGGGAAAGAUGUGCAAAUACUGUUUGCUUGUAAAACAUCUUUAUCUAAAAUAGAUGCUUUUGCUACUGCUUUCCUUUUAGUUAUAUUUUAUCCUGUAAUGUCAUCUGGACUCCUUUUAAAGCAGCAUUUUCUUACAGCAUUCAGCAAAAGGAAAGUUCUGGUCUUUGAUUGCUGAAUAUGAUCUGUACAACUUCUGUUUAUAACUGACUGGCAAAGUUAACUAUAUUUUGAGUAAAAUUUUAUAAGUUUA